GCAAGCGCGCCAGCUGCGAGAGUAACCCUUUUCGCAUUUAAGAGAGAUCUCUCGCAGCCGCAACCGGAGAGUGAUGCUGAGACCGAUCGCGCCAUCCCAGCCAGCUCGCCAGCUGCUAGCCUGACACGUUAAUCAACAGUGAGUAUGGUGGCGCGCGGGAUCGCACGAAACCAUCGGCGCUCCCGGGGAGGCCAGUAAGGUUUCGGUCGCCCACUGGUGAGGCUCGCAAUCAUCGCUCGCAUCGCUUCUACCACCGUACCAAGAUCGUACCGUUCCAGCGUGCGAAGGUCAAACGGUACUGACGGCGGCGACGGCAGUUUCGUGUCGUGUCGUGCGUGUUGAUUAUUGCCGCAGUUGUCCACCAUUACCAUCACCAUCAUCAUCAUCAUCGGUGGCGUUUCGCGGUCAACCAGACACGGCCAGCGGUAUUGUGUGCUGAACGCUAACAGGCGGAUGCGGAUGGAGUUUUGACAACGGGGGCCCAGUGCGCGAGAACGUAAAUAUCGCCCGACGGUGGAAGCUGUCAAACCGGUGGCCAACGCCUCGGCUUCGAAAUGAUUAGACCGUGGAGGCAAUCGUCAUCCGUGGUCUCACUCGGUCCACUGUUUACCAUCUUGCUUGCAUAUGCCUUUUUGCUACCUACACCUGCGAGAUGCAUCGGCGACCAGAGAAAAGUGAUGCCCGAUGUGGCCAAUUUCGAGUGGAACCUUGCACGGGAAAUCUUCCGGCACGAGGACUCGAAUGUCGUGUUUUCACCGUUUUCGCUCAAACUGCUGAUGACGCUGCUGUACGAGGCCAGCGUGCCGGGCUCGCAAACACACCGCGAGCUCGAGAUUGUGCUCGGUGAGCGGAAUCUCCAGCAAACGCGCUCCUUCUACGCUCAGUUCCUUGAGACUUCAAUGAAAGCAAACGAGGACUACGAGUUUGACAUUGGUACCAAGAUGUUUCUGGACAAAUCGCGCGGCAAACUAAAUGGAAGCUAUCGAGAUCUGCUCGAACAAACGUAUCGCACCACGCUCGAGUCGCUCUCGUUCAAUGGGGCAAAGGCAGCUGCGGAUCGGAUCAAUCAGUGGUGUGAUAAGAUCACGCAAGGACGCAUCUCACAGCUGGUCAAUGAGGAUACGAUCGAGGGCUCCGUACUGAUCCUGGCCAACGUGCUGUUUCUGAAAGCAUCCUGGAAGAACUCGUUCCUGGACGAGCACACACGUGACCGAAUGUUCUACGUGGCGGACAAUGCCACCGUGACGGUGCCGUUUAUGAGCCAGACUGAUCUGUAUGACUUCACCGAACAUUCGGAACUGGGGGCCAAAGUGUUACGGUUACCGUACAAGGGACGCCAGUUCAGCAUGAACAUGGUGCUACCCUUCCCGAACACCUCCCUAACGACCGUCAUCGAUCGCUUAUCGACCGAGAUGCUGCAAUCCGUGAGCGAUCAGUUCGUGAGGGAAGAGGUGAUCGUAACUAUUCCCAAGUUUAAGUUCAACUAUGGCACCCUGAUGAACGAGGCAAUGCAAGCUCUGGGUGUAAAGGAUAUCUUCAAUCGGAAUGCAUCCCUUCCGUUGCUGUCGCCCGUCACUAACUCCACGAAACCAAACAGCGUGGAGGUGUCCAAGAUACUGCAGAAAGUGGGCAUCGAGAUCAACGAGAAGGGCACACUCGCCUUUGCCGCCACAGAGAUUCAACUCGUCAACAAAUUCGGCUACGAUGGCGAUCCGUUCCAGUUCGAGGCGAACCGACCGUUCCUGUUCUACAUUCUGGAUGAGGAAACCAAUACGAUGUUGUUCGUGGGCAAGGUGAACGAUCCAUCCGGAAGUACUUAAUACAGGACGUGCUGCCAUCCGCAGCAGCCGUAGCACCUUGCCACCACCAACCCAGCGUGCCAGAGCUAGAGCUUUAAACGAACCGGAUGCAGCCCACGCAUGACAAGCUACUCAGAACGAACGGGAACGUACACCAUACACACACACACACACACACACACACACACACUACUGACCGGAGACAUCGUAAGACGAUAGCUGAUGGUAAUGGGCGUGCUGCGGAUGCAUAAUGGGGGGGCCAUAGCCUCGCCAUCCAUUCCAUUAUCGAGCAAACAUAUGACUGAAAGCCAAACGGUUGCGGUUGCCGCUGGACGUACCUGGACAGCAACCGCAAAAGGUUCAUCCCGAUAGAUGCACGCCGACUCGCGCUAGUCGGUGACCGACCGACCCAUUUUAGCGUUCCUCUAGUGUUUAAGUUGAAUAGAAAAAUGAAAAACUAAAAUAAACACUACAUCAACCCCCUCCAAUCG